UACAUACAGCAUUAUAAUGUGGAAAUUAAUGUUAAAUUAAAGUGAGUAGAUUUAUUAAGAAGACAUUUUAUAAUGGACAUGUUUAAUAAAUUGACUACUCUGUUCCAGCAGGCUCUGGAAACGAGGGAGCCAUCAGUCAAUCUGCUAGACUCAUUUGUUGAUCACUGGAAAGGAAUAACCAACUAUUACAUAGAAACUACAGAUGAAACACGGCCGGUGAAGCAGACAGACAUCCCCUGGAGGCUGAAGCAGAUGCUGGAUAUUCUGGUGUAUGAGGAGAGGCAGCAAGACGUUGAGGAGACUGGGCCCUGCAUGGAGUACCUUAUUCAACACAAACUGCUGGAGACGCUCUGCACACUGGGAAAAGCACAGUAUCCUCCUGGAAUGAGCCAGCAGGUCUUGCUGUUUUUCUCCAAGCUCCUAGCACAGAUACAGAAGCCCAUGCUUCAUAUGAUUAAUGUGUAUCGACCUGUGCAGAAACUGAUUCGUCUGUGUGGACUCCCCGACUCCCAAACAGAGAAAGAGGAGUCUCAGUUUCUCUUUUCCGUUUGUUCUCGAGUGAAGAAAGACCCAUACGUCCUGAACUACAUCCUAGAGAUUACCAAAGAAUGUCAAGUGCAGAAAUCCAGCUCUGCCUCGGAAGACAGUGUGGAAGAAGAAGCCAUUGGAGCAGCCAGUCUGGAGGGCUCAUCCUCUCUGUCUAGCCCCAUUGUGUCACAGAGCUCAUGUCAGCCAGGCACAGGCCUCAUCCAGCUCCUCGUCCAGCUUGGAAAAAGUCAGAAAAGUCGUGUAGCGCUGAGGGCGAUGGAGAGUAUGGUGUUGCUGAUGAACAUUCCUCAGGAGGACAUUUCUAAGCUGCUGGCAGAAGAAACGCCACUGUGUGACCUGCUGGCUCAGAGAGUGUGUGAACUCUACAUCUCUAUUCCCACCACACUCCACCCAGAGGAUCUGCACAGCUAUUGCACCAAACAGUGGAGGACUCACUUGUCAUCGGGCUGUGCAGAGGAGAGCCAGGCGUUUCCCGCUCAGGAGCAUGUAGACAGGUUCUUCUGCUGGCUCGACUUCUGUGACCAGCUCGUUAACGAAGCACCAAAGGUACUCGCUGUUAAACUCGCCAAAGCUCUUCAUCAGCAGUGGCUUACCGGAGUCGUCCAGCCUCAGCUGCUACAGAUGUCAGAGGUUGGAGUUCUGGUUCACACCGCUCUGCUGUCCUGCUGUGUGCGUCACAUAAACUCUGCACUCCUGAUGCACGAGCUGGUGCACUUCAUGCUGGGCAGCGACACCCACCAUGAGCAGAGGACAAUCAUACCUUCGCACACACAUGUUCUGCGCUACCAUCUCAUCGAGCGCUGCGACCACAUCUCAGAUGAGAUCAGCAUAACGGCUCUGCGGCUAUUUGAGGAGCUCCUGAGGAAGCCAGACAGACACAUCCUAACCAAUCUGGUGCUACGGAACCUGGAGAGCCGCUCCUAUAGGUUACCAGGUUCAGGGUGUGGGGAUGAGAGACCAGCAGCAGAUCCUGAGUUCCUGGAGGAGUCCCAGGAGCUGGAGGAGGACCCCUUCUUCCCAGACUGUGAGUUCAGUGGCACUGAGUCUUUGCUGUCUCUGUCCAGAGAGGAGAGGAAGUCCAGUACACACAUGCAGAUUGGUGAAACUGUUAACAGCUUUCUUUGCUUGGUACCUCAAGAGGCAAAAACAUCUCAGCACGUGCAGGGAGCAGGAUAUGACACAUAUGUCCAUGAUGCACUGAAAUCGCUGAAAGAGUGUUCAGCUGUGUCAGCAGACUGGGGCUGGCCGGACACCCCCAAAACCACUGAAGUCACUUCCCCUGGCACAGACUUCUAUGAAGGACACUUUCUCAAAGUGCUGUUUGACAGGACAGCACGAAUACUGGAACAGCCGUAUGAGCUGAACCUGCAGGUGACGUCUGUACUAUCACAGCUGGCGGUCUUUCCUCACCCUCAUCUUCAUGAGUACCUGCUGGACCCGUACAUCAACCUGAGUCCUGGUGCUCGCUCGCUUUUCUCGACGCUUGUCCGGGUGAUUGGAGAGCUGAUGCAGAGGAUCCAGCACAUCCCAAACUUCACUCAGAGACUUAUCAACGUCAGAAAACAGCUGAUGGGCCUUGAGGAGGAGACUGUGAUGGAUCAUGCAACACUUUUAAAGGGAGUAAUAGUGUUGGAGGAGUUCUGUAAGGAGCUGGCAGCUAUUGCUUUCGUCAAACUCCCUCUGGGUGAUCAGGAGCCACUCGCGGGCCUUAUACAGGACAGGACUGAAUCUCCGGGUCUGUAGAGCUUCAACUCGCAUCUGUUUGCACAAAGAUGGGACUGUCUGCAGGGUGCAAUACACUGGCAUGCGGCACUUUCGGCAAAUGUGUAAAAAUCAUCUGCAGCGUUUUAACAGCCUUCUUUACAAAGUACCGAGUUCUAUUGAAUCUACUGCUACAUCACAGCUGUUAAAACAUCCAGUGCCUUAAACUUAAUUAGGCAUGAAACAACAAAUUCAUGCUGAUAAUGAAUGACAUUCAGUGUGUCGACUGUUCUAGAGCACCAAAGUGCUAUUCUGCUUUUUACGUGUUCGGCUUAUGAUCCUAACACACUUCAUGUCUGUGUGGACGUCCGACAGGCCUAUAGCACAGCUGAGAUUUGAACCCAGAUCUCAGUGAUGGUUGGCUAGCAUGAUAGACCGCUGCACCACCCGAGUGCCUCUUACACAAUCUUUAGAAGACUUGAUUGGCUGUGUCUCGUCCUGGGUGUGUGACUGCAUUAUGCCUAGUGAUUCUGGGGGAACUGGACCCACUACAACUCUAACCAGAAGGAAGUGGUGGUAGAAGAUAAAAUGAAAUGAAUAAUUUUUAAAGGUAGACUGGAUUCAUUAAUAUUUUAAAUUCAUUUUUAAAAUGAACAUUUGUGAGAGAUGAACCGAUGCUAUGUUUCAGUUAUGUUAUUAUUAAGAUUGUGGUUUUAAAAGAAGUAUGCUAAAUGGUAUUGUUUAUUCAUCAUCAUCUUUUCAGUGUGAUAGAGUAUGUAUACAUACUGAUUACAUAUAUUUAUAUAUAUUUCAUAACAUUAAAUGUCUGGUAGUCUUGACUCCUCCUGACCUUUCUCCUUUCAGGAGGUGAGAGUGAAGGUGUGGUGUCUUUAA